AUGCCUAUUGUUACUCAAUCUAGUUCACAAACUAAAACAAUUGUAUGGAUGGCAAACAGAGACCAGCCAGUGAAUGGGAAGCGUUCCAAGUUAAUCCUUCGCAAAAAUGGCAUCUUGGUAUUAACCGAUGCAGACAAUUCAGUGAUUUGGUCGUCUAGCACAUUUUCGGAGGAAGAUGUGGAAGUGCAACUUCUUGAAACAGGAAAUCUGGUAUAUACUCAUCUGGCUGUUACAACUUAUACUGAUGACAACAACAUACUAAAUCUUAUCUACAACGGGCCUCAAUUUUCUAGUGUGUAUUGGCCCAGUAUAGCUUCAACAGUCUUCUCAAAUGGCAGAAGUUCUUACAAUAGCUCCAGGGUAGCAUUCUUAAACGAGAAGGGUCGGUUUAGAUCAAGUGAUAACUUGAAAUUCAAUGCAUCUGACUAUGUUAUUCCCCAUUUCCUACUUGCAAAUGCCCAGAAGGUUUCAACAUUGGCUGACCCUUCUGACUGGUCCAAAGGUUGCUCUCCUCUGUUUAACCUGACCUCUAAUCCAGCUGAGUUGGAUUUCAUGGAGCUUCAUCACACUGAUUACUAUGGGUAUGACUUAAGCAACUAUGGUAUCAAUAUUACCUUUGAAACAUGCAUGAAUGCCUGCCUGAGUAAAUGCAAGGGUUUUGGAUAUGCAUUGGAUGACAAGGGCAAUGCUUUCCCAAAAGCAUUUUAUUAA